GUCGACCGAACACGUGAGCUCCGCAGGGCUGAAAAGACCGAAGUCACCGAGCCAUGUUCCGGUGCCGGUGCCGCCGCCUCCCACCGCCGGCGGCGACUUUCGCCCGCCGAUUUUCGAGGGUGACUCCUCCGGCCGACACAGUUGCUCAGCCUAUAAUCCGUGUGUCCAACAACUUGGCCCGACUAGGUUCCCCCAAGGAGCCGAAACCUCGACAACUGCUUUUUCUCCCUCCGUUCCCACCGGACAACGUCGACCCUCUUCCCGGACGAAAGAGGUCCCCUGAAAACGUCCUCCAUGGAAGCUUCUUUCGCCGGAGGGUUACCGCCAUCACAUGGGUUAAGCAUUAUUUCGACGAAGUCGCUUCCGAUGUUAUUCAGAGACAUUUCAGGGAAGGGCUGGUUCAAUUGGAAGUAUCAGGUCUUGACGAGCCUUCAAUGGAAAUGCAUCAUCGAUUGCCUACUCUAAAAAAGAUAAAACACGAUCAUGUUAUGAAGGUUGGGCAGAAGAUUUAUGUUCCUGUAUCUGUUGUAGAGUCAAGAAUAUUGAAGAGAUAUGACACCAUUCCAACUGCAACGCUGCAUCCAAAUGCUGAUGAAAUUGAAUAUUUGCGGAGGCUUGUUAUGUAUAAGGAUUCUGCCAUAAUCAUAUUAAAUAAACCUCCUAGAGUGCCUGCGAAGGGGCACUUGCCAGUUCAUAACAGUAUGGAUGUAUUAGCUGCAGCAGCUCUUUCAUAUGGGAAUGAAGAGGGUCCCAAAUUGGUGCAUCGGCUUGACAAGGAGAGUAGUGGGUUGCUGCUGCUGGGUAGGAAAAAAGAAAGCCUUGCGAUGCUUCAUUGGCUGUUUACUGAUGUUAAUCAUGCCAAGACAUCUUCUCAGGUAUGGAAUUAUGCUUGUGAAAGAACAAUGCAACGAUACUGGGCAUUGGUCAUAGGUUCUCCCCAAGAAAAGCAGGGGGUUAUCUCUAGGCCUCUCACUAAGGUGCUUCUUAAUGAUGGGAAGACAGAAAGAGUCAUGCUUGCCCAUCCUUCUGGCUUGGAUGCCUUUCAAGAAGCUAUAACCGAGUACCGCAUGUUAGGACCAACCAUUAAUGGCUGCUCAUGGCUGGAGCUUCGUCCCCUUACUGGCAGGAAACAUCAGCUUCGAGUGCAUUGUGCGGAAGCGUUAGGCACGCCGAUUGUUGGAGAUUACAACUACGGGUGGUUCGUGCACAAGAGAUGGAAGCAGAUGCCUCGUGCAGACUACGAGCCGUCGACCGGAGCUCCCUAUAAGCUUCGGCGGCCGGAGGGCCUGGCUGUUCAGAAGGGAAGUGUCCUGUCCAAGGUUCCCCUUCUUCAUCUGCAUUGUAGGGAAUUGGUGAUCCCCAAUAUUGCUAAAUUCUUAGGCAAUUCCAAUGAGUGGUUUGAUGAGGGAAAUCCAUGGUCUUCUAACAAGCCUGAUGUGCUCAGAUUUGUGGCCCCAAUGCCUUCACACAUGAAGAUUAGUUGGAAUUGUAUGUCUUCUUUCCUGGUAUGAUAUGUGUUUUUUAUGUUUUAUUCGGGGUUUUUACCUACCAAACCCCAAAAAUAUUGAAUAUGACGUAUUAACCCCUCAAAUUUUAAAUAUAAUAUUUUAAUCACUCAAAAUUUUCACUCAACACCUUCGUCGAUGGCUGAAAUGAAAAGAAGUUAAAAUGUUAUAUUUAAAGUUUAGGUGGUUAAAAUGUUAUGUUCAAUAUUUUGAGUGGUUGAAAUGUAAAAUUUUAUUUAUUUUGUGAUAU